AUGCCCCCGCCUCCUGAUAUACCCGGGUUUUACUUUGAUCCCUCUAAAAAAAGGUAUUUCAAAAUUACAAACGGUGGUCUUCAACAAAACUCACAAUAUCAUAAUAAUGUAAUCCAGAACAAAAAGAGGAAAUCAGAGAAUGACAAGAUCAUUGAAAGGGAGCAGAAGAAACUACAACUAGGUGAAGUGAAGAAAGAUCCAGCGGGAUUGAGUAAAGAAAUCUAUUAUCAAAAGAUGAUUAGAGGUAACAUACCAAUAAGAAAUAUAGAUCAUAUCACUUGGGAUGCGAUGAUGUAUUCAAAAUUCAAUAACUAUCGAUCAUUAUCCAAUAUAUCUUGUUUGAGACCCAAAAACUUCAAAGCAUUCGAGUCUUUACAUCACGUUGAAUAUAAUGAUGCCGCGAUUGUAGGAUUUAUUCGAGUGGAUAAUGUGGAAUACACUUUAUCUGCUAUAGAAAGAAAAAUAAGGAUUAGAGCUACAGAAACAUUUGCAAAGGGUCUGAAUAUACUUGAUUCAUCAGAGGAACUAAGGGCAUGUUUUCAAGAUUAUAUGCCGAAUACUACAUAUGCAUACAAGAUAGAUAACAUCUUCACCUAUCAUGACUUAUCACUAAUUUCUUAUGAGUUUGAUGAUUGGUGUCAACAUGUUUUAUUACGGUGGGUUUGGAAGAAGGAUGACUUUGAUAACUACUCGAUCAUUCCCAUUCAGAUUGGGGUUUUGCAAAAAACAUACAAAGAUUAUCAAGUAUCUUUGAAACAAAAACUUGUGAUGAUCUCGAGAGCUGCUGUUUUGGUGUUUAUAAUCAAAGAUGAUUGCUUAAUCGAGCAAGAAUGUUUCUAUAGGUAUCUUUCUGAUAAAACUGUGUCAAAUUCUAAUCCCGUGAAAAGUUUUGACACAUUGAUCAAAGAUGGCAUGGAAAUGGGCCACAGUAGACUGGAGUCGACAAAUUUUGCUCAUGAAUCAAGUUUGAUUGCCAUGGAUGAGGAUGCUGAUACUAAUCAUGACCCAGAUAAUGCAGAAUUGGACGUUGCGCUGCAACCAAGAUGUAAGAGCUUUAUGAAGUUUGAGUUGAUUAAGAUCUACGAUAAUGAAUUUUUCAUAUUUGUUCCACUGUCCCAUACUGGAUCAAGGAAAUUAGUGUUUUCCAAGCUAUCGUCAAAUGCUGACUCACUACAAAACUUCAUUAUAUAUCAUGAAGAUAAAAUAAGAGACUUUUUUGUUCUAGAGACUGAUGAUCCAAGGUUUUUCGAUGUUUUAGUAAUAGGAAUGAAGUCUAUCACUAUCUUUAACCUCGAAUAUAGUACUAUGAUAAAAUUUCGAUAUAAAAGCCCCAAAAAAUCAUCAAGAAAAGUCACAUAUAUUAAUAACAAUUUUUCUGGAAUUAAUACCAUAUAUAUAUGA